AAAGAUCGUUGACGUGUGAGGCCGAGGGAUGCCGGUCUCCUUUUCACGAGUUAUCGUUCUCCAGCGGCAGCAGAGAAAGUCCUUUCGACUUCCAGGUCAACACAGAGCGUGUUCGUGGGGCUCGUCUCACCGUCCAUAAGAAGGAAUACCUUCGCGCUCGAGAGACGAAUAAAGUAGCAGGAAAAUCGACCGAGAAGCUCACAAGAUGGUGUCCAUCAGAGCAUCAUCCUCCUUCCUCUGUUUCCUCUCUUGCACCCUCCUCUCCCUACUCCUCCCUUCUUUUCUCCAUGCCCAACAGGUAUAUGUCAACAAUACUCAAUUUCAAUGCUAUGUGAACCACUCCAACACCCUUGGCUUCCUCUGCAAUGGGCAGCAGACUAAGUGUAAUUCCUACCUCAUCUUUAGAUCUGAUUCGAAAAUAAACUCAGUGCCCGAUAUCUCCUUCCUUCUGAACGCUGAUUCUGCUGAGGUUGCGCGAAUCAACAAUGCCUCCGUGUUUCAGACGUUCCCCAUCGGCAGAGAAGUGGUAGUCCCCGUGUCCUGCUCCUGCUCAGGUAAAUACUACCAAUACAAUUCCUCUUACGUCUUAGAGCCGGACGACACUUACCUCAGAAUUGCCAAUGAUACGUAUCAAGCCCUGACAACGUGCCAAGCUCUCAUAGCACAAAACCCUUACAGUAGCACCAACCUUCCAAUCCGUUCGAAAGUCAUGGUGCCACUGAUGUGUGCUUGUCCUACGAGAAACCAGACUCGGAAUGGUGUGAAGUUUUUGCUGACGUAUCCGAUCGCCGAAGGGGAAUAUGCAUCCAAGAUUGCUGCGAAAUUUGGUGUCGACGAACAGGGCAUACUCGACGCCAAUGAAAUCACGGAGGACACCACCAUCUAUUUCUUCACACCCCUUUUGAUCCCUUUCAAGAGUGAACCACCAUCUUGGUCCCAAAUCCUUAACCCUUCACCGCCAUCAUCGCCCCCUCUUCCUUCCCCGUCUCCGUCGCCCCCGUCGCCUGUAGGUGAGGGUCACAAGAAAUGGGUUUUCGUUGGCGUCGGAAUCGGACUCGGACUCGGUUUCCUUCUUCUGGCAGUCAUAUCUUCUUUGUUGGUGGUCUGUUUGCGCCGUCGUCGCCGCCGUCGUGGUGAGGGUCUUGCUCCGGCAUCUCCGACUCAGAAGCGGCAGAAACUGACAGAAUCUUCUGUUUCAUAUGGAGAUAUGUCCGGCAAGAAAUCGUCCACUGUCAUAUCGGAAAAUCUUCUCGACGCCGUCCGGUCCUUGACGGUGUACAAGUACGAGGAACUACAGAGGGCUACAGAUGGUUUCUCUGAGGACUCCCUAAUCAAAGGGUCCGUUUACAGGGCCGUGAUCAAUGGGGAUCAAGCGGCCGUAAAGAGUAUGAAAGGGGAUGUCCCUAACGAGAUAAAAGUAUUGAAACAGAUCAACCAUUCCAACGUGAUCAGGCUGUCUGGUUUCUGCAUCCACGAAGGGAACACUUUCUUGGUAUACGAGUUCGCAGAAAAUGGUUCCCUCAGCGAUUGGAUCCAUGGUCACAGGUACCAGGACGAUCAAUCCUGGUCGAAGAGCACUUGCAGCCUUAGCUGGAAGCAAAGGAUGCAGAUUGCCUUCGAUGUCGCUGAUGGGCUUAGCUAUCUUCACAACUACACUAGCCCAGCGCACGUUCACAAGAAUCUCAAGAGCAGUAACAUACUGUUAGAUGAUAAAUUCAGAGCCAAGAUUGCCAAUUUUGGGUUGGCAAGAGCGGUUGGAGAUCAAGAAGAUGGUUUGCACUUGACCCGUCAUGUCUUCGGAACUCAGGGGUACAUGGCACCAGAGUACCUUGAACACGGUCUGAUCACAUGGAAGCUCGAUGUGUUCGCCUUCGGAGUGGUGCUCCUUGAGCUGCUUUCCGGGAGGGAGGCAGUCGAUCAGGCACAUGUUCAAUACAAAGGCGAAGUACUGCUGUCAUCAGCCAUUGGUCCAAUACUUGAAGGAGAUGAUGCCAAGGAGAAGCUGAGAAGCUUUAUAGAUCCUUCUCUCGGAAGCGAUUACCCUUUAGAUCUAGCCCUCGUCAUCGCUCGUUUGGCAAGUGAAUGUGUAGCAGAUGACAUGAAUUCUCGACCCUCAAUGACCGAUGUCCUUAUGACCCUGUCAGCUUCUACUGGGUGGAGUUCGUCGAGUGCUUCAACAUACGAAUCUGCAGUUCUUAAGAGGUAGGCAGUUGCCCACCUAUUUCUGGAGACUGCUUGAUUUUGGUUAUUGAGGCCUUUGCUUCCUCCUUGGUGUGUGUAUGUGUAGGAGCAACUGUUGUACUUUCGACGUCAUUCUUAUGUUAUUGUAACUGAUUUUGCUGUUAUAGAUCUAGAAAAAGGUAUGUAACUCAUUACGUACAUGUAGUUGACUGACAAUCCAAGUGUGGCGCAUUUUUAUUGUGCAUCUUUGAAUUGUGAAGUUGGGGCUGCGAAUGCAGCUAUACCCGUAUGAGGUUGCAUUGUGAAAUAAUAGUGGAAGAAUUAGUUGGCAGUAAUAAUUUAAAGGUAUCAGCCGAUUGGAUGUUCUGAACGUGUUUUAAGCUGUUAAAAACUAUGGAGGUUUAAUCUUUGUUUC